CUCCCAUUUAUCCACUCCACUGAGGAAAAGGACAUUUCAGUCAUUUCGUCUCCAUUUUCCCUUCUUUGACCUCUAUUGACAUUCUUCUCUGCAAAAAUUUUGACCUGCGCUAAUACCCCGCCGUUGUGCUGUCGAAUAGCAUCUACGCAGAAAUUAAGGUUGGUAAUUUCGUCAGAGAGGAAUUAAAAUCCUGAAAUUUGGUUAUUGGUAGGGUUUGAUCGAGAAACUUUUCACUGAUCGGAGGGGGAGAAACUGGGGAGGGACAAUCGUGAAAUUUGUCUGGCGAUACCCAAACUGUUUCUGUUUAGCAUUGUUAAACAAAAGAAAGAUAUUGAAGUUUGAUUUUUGCCCGUUUCUGCAUCUGUUGGGAUGAGAUGCUUGAAUUUGGAGCUCAAGUUAGCUCCGAUCCUACUGCUUCUUAUAUGUGCUCCCAUCACAACUAAGGCAUCUGCUACUGUAGAUGGUUAUAAGAAGUGUGAACGUACUGUCAAGAAGUGGGCAUUCUCUUCCCGUGAUUCUGAAAUUAAAGAUGACAAACAUGUAUUGCGUGACUUGCUUUUUUUCCUACAUGUACCUCGGACAGGAGGGCGAACUUAUUUCCAUUGUUUCUUGAAGAAGUUAUAUGCAAAUGCCCAAGAAUGUCCACGCUCUUAUGAUAAGUUAAGGUUUAAUCCAAGAAAAUCAAACUGCCGGUUAUUAAGUACACAUGAUGACUAUAGCAUGAUGGUCAAACUUCCCAAGGAGCAAACUUCAGUGGUUACAAUGCUCAGAAAUCCUAUUGACCGUGUCUUUAGCACUUAUGAAUUUUCGGUGGAGGUAGCAGCUAGGUUUUUGAUACACCGUGACUUAACAUCUCUAUCAAAAAUGGCGAAACGUGCACGUAUGAAGGCAGGUGGAGUAAGCACACUGGAUAUCUGGCCAUGGAAAUAUUUGGUCCCUUGGAUGAGAGAAGAUCUUUUUGCUCGAAGGGAUGCUAGAAUUAGCAAAAGCCAUUCUUAUAUCAGAAGUAAUCGCUCAUACGACAUGGAAGAAAUUUUGAUGCCUCUACGUGAUUAUAUUAAUGAUCCUAUUGCUCGAGACAUCAUCCACAAUGGGGCCACCUUUCAGAUUGCAGGACUUACAAACAACUCUUAUUUAGCCGAAUCACAUGAAGUGCGCCAUUGUGUACUAAAGUAUCAGAGUCUUGGUCAAUAUGUGCUUGACGUUGUGAAGAAGAGAUUGGAUAGUAUGUUGUAUGUCGGUCUUACUGAGAAUCAUAGAGAGUCAGCCACUUUGUUCUCAAAUCUAGUUGGUGCACAGGUGAUAGCUCAGUUGACAAAAUCAAGCUCCAGUUCAGAUUCUGCCAUUAAUAAUGGUUCAGAACACAGAUCCUUGCUUCCGAAUUCCACAUCCGAUGCAAAUCAUCAAGACACUUACAGAAAGCUAGCGAAAGUAUCAUCAGCUAGUAAGGAUGCAGCAGCAAAUAUUAAUAUGGAUGCUGGAAAACUUAUGGAAGCAUAUGAGUCCUGCAUUUCAAGCUUAAGGAACUCCCAAUCAGAGCGACGCGUGAAAUCUUUGAAAAGAAUUUCUCCUGCAAACUUUACAAAAGAGGCUCGUCGUAAGGUACCGGAACUGCUUCUCCAGGAAAUUAAAUUACUGAACAGCCUAGAUAUGCAACUGUAUAGUUAUGCUCAGGACAUCUUUGCAAAGCAACGGGCACUUAUGGUGCAGAAUAUGGUUCGUGCAGAGAGUCUUCAAAGUGCGCACGAUGAGCACGCAAACAACAAUUCAUUCAGCCUUCCCUCAUGGAAAGUCGUUUUCUUGGUCAUUGCCUCUCUCUUGGUGCUUUUCUUCGUGUUUCAUUUUGUAAAUGCAAGGAGAAGGACUUCGAAAGUUAAAUUGUAAUUUUAGUUCGAACACCUGUUGAGGAUAUGAACAACUGCAGAGAAUGAAGCAAAAAAAGAUGAAAAAGCCUCGUUGAACUUCAAACGAUGGGCAACUUUGUAGCGAGGCACACUUAUGCCGAGGUAAAGAAGCUAUGGCUUAUCAAUGCAAAAUUUUUGUCGUACUUCAAAUGCAUGACAAACUUGACAUCUUCAAACUUUAACAGCGUUAAUCGAGCAUUGGACAGUAUUAUAGCAGAGAAAGCUCAAAUCUUUUCUUUUCCUUGUAAUCUAAGCUCAAAGCUCAAAACUUUAACAGCGUUAAUCUAAUUUUGGAUUCAUCUAAA